AUGAUUAUAACUGAAGUAGCCACUCAAGGCUACAAUGGAAAACAUAUACAAGAAUGGACUAAGGGAUAUCACCUAGGAUAUUCAAUUGGAUCCGGCACACAUUUCUUCAAGGAGAAAAACGAAGACCGUGCAAAGGUAACGGAAAAAUUUCUUUAUAUCAAGGAAAGAUUGAUACAGAUAUAGUUGGCGACAAAAAAGAAGUGAAACAAGUUAGGUUUAUCUUUCCUGAACGGAGCAAUGUUAGAUUUAGGCAAGUUAAUGCUACUCAUAAAUCUAUUCAUUAGUCAAUAACAAUAUAAUGGACAGUGAAAUGUGACAGGUAUCUAGCACGAGACUCUCAAAGGCGAGUCAGUCGUGACACUGACCUCGCUCUUUUGAUAUAUUGAUACACAAUGUAGAUUUAACAAACAUUUCUCUACAAACAUAUCUUUAUUUUUCGUCAGCAAUUUAUAGGUAACGUGGACGAUAACGCUAUAACACGCCACGUGGUGCCAAGGCCGGCGAUGGUCAAAUCAGUUCAUGUCAUACCAAUUCAAUGGGAAAAUAACUUUGCUCUAAGACUGGAAUUAUAUGGAUGUAUUGCAGGUUGGCUCAUGCAAUCAGUUAUGUUUGAAAGCUUACCAAGUAAGACCUCACGAAAAUUUUAUUUUACGAGGGAAUUUGCAAGGCCCGUUUGCUAAAUGAGAAGUAAAAUUUGGCGCUUUGUAUUUUUCUAAAAUAUUAGAGAACGGAACGCUUUUCAAUUUUCGGAAGAAAUUGCUGCGAGAAGAAUUACCAAUAGUAUGGCAAAACAAGAGGAGCUGUUUUAAAUGUAUUUGCACACAUUCUAAGACAAAAAUCACUGUCUUAAACAUGAAUGUGCGGAAAACGCUUCUGAAGGAAAAAUCCUCUAACCCCUAAAAAAAUUAAACAAUUUUGAAAGCCAGCGGCAGAAGUCCCUCUUUUUAAUUAAACGUUACCUCAGUAACUUGUACGAUUUUCUUUUCUUCUUGAGGUGGUGUCUUUGCAGGACCAAAAGAAACUCGCAGAAAAGUGAAGCAACACUAUUUUUAUAAUGGACAGUUUGUUUCUUUCUUUCACUGUAAUUCAUUGAAGCAUAAUUUAAAAACUUCCUCAUCUAUUUCAGAUGGAAAUGAAUGUGAAAGUCUUCCAUGUCAGAACAACGGUACUUGUUGGGAACAAAUCCGAGGAUAUAAGUGCAACUGCUCUGAUGGCUUCAAUGGCACCCACUGUGAAAUUAGUAAGUAUUUUUUCAUACCGUCGGUUUGAUUUAUUUAUAUUGUCUGAAAUCCAUCAUCAUAAUAUGAUAAGAGCUUUUAGAUAUCUCCUCCAGCCUCCGCCGCUUAUGGUGUGGCCAAAUAUCGACCAUAUUAUCAGUGCUAUUGGCCAUAUCUUUCUGAUUUUGUUUCCCAGACAUUGAUGACUGUGCGACCAGUCCCUGUCAGAAUAAUGGCAGUUGUUUUGAUUUGGUUAAUGAUUACCAAUGCCUUGGCUGUUUGCCGGGAUACUCUGGAAAGAAAUGUGACACAGGUUGGUAAUCAUGUCAUAUUUUUAUUCAUAAGGGGCCUGCAGUGCAGGUGUUUGCAUCAUUUAGAUUGUCAAUUGUAACCCUUUUAAGUGAGAGUGUCAUAUUGACACAAGAAGGGUUAAGUUUUAAUGUUUUCUAGUGAAGUGCUUUUGGUUGCAGAAACAGAUGAAUGUGCUUCCAAUCCUUGUCAGAACAAUGGAACUUGCACAGACUUAUUUAAUGAUUUUCACUGCAACUGUUCGGCUGGAUUUAAUGGAUCAAAUUGUGAAAUAGGUAAAUGAAUGUUAUACAUUUCUUAGUUUUAUAUUUUAUCAUUCAAAUGUCUUAUAUAUGUGUUUUACUGUCAAAAAUGUAUUUAUGCCUCAAAAAAAAUGCUUUCCAUACUCUUUUAACAUUUAUUUACUUUUUCUACAGCAUUUCCCAGAAUUAUCAAAUAAUACGUUUCUGAUAAGUUGGAUCUUUUUCUUGCAGACAUUAACGAAUGCGAAAUGAAUCCUUGCGUCAAUGGAUCAUGUAAGGAUCUCGUAAAUGACUUUAGUUGUGAUUGUACUCCUGGUUUCACUGGAAAGAGUUGUAACAUUGGUAAGUCAUGUUGUUCAUUGUGGACAUAUUGUUAAACAAACAUGUUCAGUGGCCUUUUUUCACCUCUGUGAAUGCGAUGAAUUUAUUGAAACGAUAUUCUUGUGUUAGAGCUAAACGAAUGUGGAAGUAACCCAUGCCACCAGGGCGCUACGUGCAAGGAUCAGAUCAACGGUUUCACCUGCGCAUGCCCUGCAGGCUUCGGAGGACCAACAUGUAGUCAGGGUAAGUAAUUUCCCGGAUGUAAAGGGAGAAAUAAGGAAAGGGAUUUUUCUGUCAUCAAGGAUCGACAUUCAGUAUAUAGGCGACCAGAUUGCAAUUUAUUUUCUACUAAAUAAUACCAAUGUUUUCGACAUUUCCAUGCCCCUAUUUUUGUGGAAAACAAAAUACCAAGGUAACAAUGAAAGCACUUAAAAGUGUAAACCAAACAUAUAAUAGAAAUUUCGAUCCAUCUGCGGCUGCGAUUGCUACAUGAGGGUCUCCAUGAGGUUAACUAUUAGCCGCCUUAUAACGAAAACAAAACAAGUUAGCCGUUAGACGUAAAAAUUGACAAAUUUUAACCGUUAGCCGUAAAUUAAAGCCAUCACCCCAAACCACGGUUUUACGCAUUCUUUGGGCCUUAGACUUUCUUCACAAGAGGGUUGAUUUAAUUAAAUAAAUAUCCUUCAACUGUUAGCUUUCGCCUAACUUAACACCGUUCACAAAAGAAGAUGUUCAGAUAAAAGGUCCAGGUAAACUAAGGAUUGUUUACGACGCGGUUUUGUUAAAAAAAAGGCUGUAACCGCCGCCUGGUUAGCUCAGUUGGUAGAGCGCCAGUCUGUUGUGCGGGAGCAGGUAAUUUAGUGUUAACAACUGGGUUGAAAACGUAAAUUAGCCACCGUAAAGGGUAAAAAAGCUGACGUUUCGAGCGUUAGCCCUUCGUCAGAGCGAUAGAUGUUGUGCGGGAGGUCGAGGGUUCGAGCCCCAGACCGGACCAACACUCAGGGUCUUAAAAUAACUGAGGAGAAUGUGCUGCCUUUGUAACUGUACCAGCAAAUGGUUCUACAUUCAAGUCUUCUCGGAUAAGGACUAUAAACCGUAGGCCCCGUCUCCUGCAUCUUCAGUGUUACAUGGUCAGCAGGGGACGUUAAAGAACCCACACACUUGUCGAAAAGAGUAGGGGGCGUAGUUCCCGGUGUGGUGGUCUAUCUGUUGUUACAUUGUACAUUUCAUGCAUGGGCUGGGUGGGUGAGUGAGAUCAAAUAUGGACUGAUAGCGGCAGCCAGAGGCGCCUUUACAAGCUGACGUUCGAUCUCACUCAAUUAGAAUUGUAAACCGCCUUGAGACAGUAUGUGAUAUGUGCGGUAUAUAAAUAUACAUUCAUUCAUUCAACCUUUAUCUACAUAAACGGCCCUUUAUGUUUCGGAACGAGUAGUUAAUUGUGGGCUGCCUUUAGUAUGAUCAUUUUUUGACUACGCUGUCAUUUCAAGUUACUAUUCAGCUUGGAAGAAAAAUCUUUGUGGCAAUAUAUCGCUACUACGAUAUAUUGUAAAGAGGCUUCCAUCGCUCCAGGAUAAAUCACUGUAGCUUUAUUUCGCUUUAGCGAUAUUUCUUGAUAACAUAAUAAGCCCUUUGACAUAUGGACGAUAUAUUGUUGUGGCGAUGUUCCGCUGGAGCCAUAUAUCUCUGAAACGAGAUACCGCUGGAACGAUAUAUUGCAGGAAAGCCCCGGUAUCUAGUCGAUUUAUUAUUCUCAUGUCGCGAUAAAAUGCGCGAUAUAUCGCGCCAUUUUCAAAGAUAAUUGUUUGCAUAACUUUUUCAGGCUGAAAAAAUUACAAAUUCUAAUUUUCACUAAUUUGUCUUUUCAUGACGUGUGUGACACAGAGACUGAAUUCUUUCUGGUUGUGUGGCUUCAGUUGAAGAAUAUGACAUUCACACUUGCCCUUAAGAACGAAAGUUCUACUCUGUACCAGAAUAAGCAAGAUGAGGUCAUUCAUGAGGUAAGUAAGUUAGAAGAAUUCUGAAUUUAUCAAAGUCUUAAGAUAAUACGGAAAAAUUGCGAAUCAACUCUUGCAAAAGUGACUCACAAUUGCAAUAAAGUACGUAAAUGAAGAUCAUCAAUGUUGUAACUUAUCCGCUUUAAUUUAAUCAUUACGUUGAACUGGCAAGGGUUAAAGAACGUAAUCUUAGCUCUGAGCCGCUUUCUUCGUUGUUGAUAUCUUUCUGCAAUUUGUAUGAUUUCUUUUUAAAAUAAGUCAUCACGCCAAUCAAAAUCUUGAUUUUUCUCUCAUUCACAACGGGUUAUAUUUCGUUAUGUAGGUCGAUAACUCCUUGUUGUUUGAUGAAAGCGAUCACUUCUUCGGUUCAGCUUUAAGGAUAUUCAGGUAAAUGAGUUUUGAGCGAACGACAACUCUUGAAAGUGUCACAUAGCUUCCAAUCAUUGCCUGUUUUUGUUAACAUGGAAAUAUACUUCACUUGUGUUAAAUUUUUUCACUCUAGCUUUUUCGUAAGCAUUAAAAUUAUACAAUUUUCUCCUUCAAUACUUGCUUACCAUUGCGAAUAACAAAAGUUGAUUAUUGAACUAUUCAGUUGAGUCGGAAUGAGCUUCUGAUGAUAAAAUAAACAAAGAAAAAAUUCCUAUGCUGAUUAUCAUGUUAUCUAAGAGAAUAUUUAAUGCUCCUUUUUAAUGGUGUUCCAGUCCAUCAGGGUCAAAACCAAAUGUAUUGGCAGAAAUUCUUCUCAGGACUCUAAUGAAUAGCACAAAACACAUCACGGCCGUUGUUACGAAGAAGCUUGGGUCACACACGUACGUGGGAAUUUUUGAUCCUGUUAAUGGGCCGGUAUUUGAAGAUAGAGGUAAGGGGCAGUAUUUCUAAAAACUAGCGUUAGGUUUUUAUUCAGUUGGGUGCAGCUCUACUUUUCAGUGUCUUUCUCUUAAUUCAUUACAAGCAAAAAUGAUAGAAAUUAUUGUCAUAAACAUAGGUUGCUUUAGUACCUUCCUUGAUUCAAAAACACAAAUGAGCCCAAAACAGCAAAAGAGGUAUCCAAAAUUUCGCUAAUACGUCUUUUUGUGGUUGACUUCCUUUGAAGGUGAUCCAUCCUGCAAGCCUCUCAACAUAUCUUCACCCACAGUAAAUGGACAGCUUCUCUCUGAAGAUAUCACGCAGCCAACGAAAGUGAAAAAAUCAGAAGACUUUGUUUUCUCCGCGAAGGUGGAAUCAUAUUGUUGCAUUUCUAGUUUAAUUACAAAUUUUCGUAUCGAAAUAGACAUCUAUGCCAUCGACCUGAUAUCGGGAUAUUUUAAAUACAUGAGGAAAUUGAAAGAAGUUAUUUCUCCUAAUGCUGACUCAGUAAAAGAAACCAUUCCUAGUAAGACAUUAAACUAUGGCCAUUACUUCAUGAAGAUCAUCGGGAUCCUGGAUAAGAAACGAAAGGUCAGUAGUUCUGGUUACGUAGAAGUUACGUCCACUACUCUGGUGGCCGACAUAUCAGGCGCAAGCUACGCCUCUCAAGGAUUUAACCAUAAACUGACCCUUAAUGGUUCAAAGACUCAUGAUCCAGAUGUCGGACAAGGAAUUUACAUCGGAAUGAAUUUCACGUGGCUUUGUCGAAAAGAAAGCGAAGUAUUUCCGGAUGACAUAGCAACACUUCCUGAGGUGUUCCCUCCUGCUGGCUCAACUCUUCCACCGAAAAGGAACCGUGAAGGCUGUUAUGGUACUGGUAUGGGAAAACUAAGAUCAAGAAAUGGGUUUCCGUACAUCCUCGAUCUAGAUAUCGAUAAAAUGGAAGGUGAUGAGGAUUACGUAAUCGAGCUUGAUGUGAAGAAAAGGGGGACGGUCGUCAAUGCGCUCCAUCGACUUCGAAUUAAAGAGGAAAUUCACUUAAAAGUAAAGUAAGUAUUGAUUCAACAAGUUUGAUUAUAUCGGUAGUGUUUGGUGCGAAACACUUACCAAUUAAAAUCCAGUCAUCAGCUGAAUGAUGUCAUUGAUUACAUUUCUAUAUAAAAUGAUCUUGCGACAGCCGACACUUAUUGUCCACAACAAAAAUAUCACAUUCAAAGGCAGUUUUUAUGAGAGGGGGUUUAACUCCAUUAUACAAUCAUGGUUUAUUUCCUCCGUAGAAGAAUUUUUUAAACCUGUUUUUUAAUCAACAGCUGUGAAUACUGUAAAAGUCAUGUGAUUCAAUCAUCAAGACUGAUCCUGGAAACAAAUUGCACAGGUCUCCUUUGCAACAAAAUCCAGCAGUACUCUUGGUCAAUCAAAUAUCACGUAGGAGAUGAUCCACACUGGCGACACGUAACUAACCAGGAUGAAGUAGUACUUACGUACGACAAUUCACCAAACUUGAUACUGGCGCAGGGAAAACUCCAUGGUAAUGCCACCUAUAAUGUCACAGUAACUGGAAGAACCUCAGGAGGACAUAUAUCCUCUGCAACAUACUCGUUUGUGACGAACACGCCACCAAGUGGAGGAGAAUGUAAAGUCAACUUAGCUCAAGGAAAGGCGUGGGAAACUGACUUUGUGUUCAGUUGCAAUGGCUGGUACGAUAACGAACUGCCUCUAAAGUUCACGUUCAGCUACUACAGCAGUGAGGGCAUUGAAAUGAUUUUUCACUCGGGGACUUCAAACACUGCCAUAGGUAAACUACCGGUUGGAGAUUCAAACAGGGAUUUUGAAAUGCAGGUUCAGAUGACUGUGAUUGAUGCAUUAGGAUCUGCAGUGAAUACUGGUGUAUAUAUCCAAGUAAGUCGAACAUAAUGUCAGCAUGCAUCAAACAAACAGCGGCAAGUCACCCGAAUUUGUUUUCCCUCCUACUUUUAUAUUUUGUAGCCAAAUAUGUUCUAAUAAUUGUGGUGUAGUUUUUUUGUAAAAAUAUAUUUUAGUUUUCGAGAAAUAAUUUUUUUCGUUCGACCGCUCAAAUAUGCAAAUUUUCACCUUGAAUAUUACCCGAGUUGUGUGACCUCAUGUAUCGAAUGUACUAGACCUACGGUAUUUCUGUGAACAUAAUCCUUUAUUUUAUCAUCUAAACUUAAUCCCCUGUCGUUAUUGAAGCUGCCAAGGAAAUAUUUAUUUUUUGGUGAAUAUUUUUGUCCGACAUACUUUUCCUAUGUCGAAAAGUAGCAUAAAAAAGACAGUUUUAACAAUGACCGAUAUGACGCAAUUUACUGAGCUUCAAGCUUUUAAAAGACCAAAGGAUGGUUAUUAAGUUACUGUAAAAAUCUCCUUGUGUAUUUGUGUUGUUCUAUCUUGAGACGAACUCAAAGUCCGGCAAAAUUUACUUGAUAGCGACUAUGCAAUGUACAUGGUGCGCCUACUUAUCGCCACCCUUAAUUGGCAUAAAUCACUACAACUUGUAAAAAAACCAAACAUAACACUCUUAUCCUGUUUAUUUAUGAUUUUAUUAGCUGUUUCGAUGAUCACGAUAAUUAUGCUCUACCACAUUCAAGCCAGAUUUGAGUUCCAGUUUAUAUAUCUUCUCUAACUUAUUAUAUCAGUUGCGUGACAAGCGUAACACAGAAAUUCAAAGAUAAAUCAACCUCCGAAAUACCAAGAGAUGGGUUUUUUUCCUCUUUGCAUGACAUCUAGAAAAACCUUUCAGGAAUUACUGCAUUCAGAAAACUAAAAUGUCCAGAUCCAUCAAUGAUUCCUUCGCCGGCUGAAGUCAAAGUAUGGUUACAGUGGUCAAUUUGAUUGACAAGCUACUUACUGAUUUAGCUAACUGAUCUGUUUUAUAAGCGUUUCAUCUUACAUGCUAACAUGGAGAUUUGGUAUUUAGUUAAAUCGUUCGCUGGUGGAACUUGUGGGUUUAGUUACCGAGAAGACCAAAAAAGACAUUUCAUGUCACUUGCGGAGUUGCAAGUUUUCAGAUCCAGAAAAUGAAGUUGAUCUUGUUUUGUCGCGUGCCGGCAUCUUCGAGACGCCAAAAGAUAUCGAUGAUUUUACAAAUUGCCCCACUCACAGAUCAAAUCUCGGUGUUGGGUGGAAUCGUAGUUCCAAUAGCUGAUGUAGGAUGCCAAAAGAAAUGUCCGGCCAUGGUAGAGGUAGGGUUAAGUCGAUUCCAAAAGCUGAUAGGGGAAUUAGCAAGCGUGUAUCACAGAUAGCACUCAAGAUGUCUGGAAAAUUCAUACAAUCUGGCUUCGGUAAGUAGGUUACUUAUCACCGUGAGCAAAAUUACGCGUGACGUCAGAGUUAAGUCUCGAUUGGGAAUUGGUCAAUAGGCUACCAAAAAUUCAGACAGAGGCGGAGUUUUCUGAAGUAAUGUCUGAACGCUUUGUUGGCUUUCCGCCGUAUGGGGAGACGCGUAAUUAUGCACACGGUGGUAAAAGGCGUUUCCGCACCAGCGACUAGACGCUGACAAAACAUGUUUCUCUUCGCCAAAAUCACAUCAGAAUUUGUCCUUGCUAAAUGUCAAGUGUGCUGCACGUCUUAGCACCCCCAGGGGACCCCUUUACAUAAGAGGGCGGGGGUGCGCGCCUGGAAUUUCGAAAACGAUCGCUAUAAAAUUAUAAAAGGUGCUUAAGUCUUAUCUGUGUGGAAGUGGCAAUAAUUAGCCUGUAAAAACAAGUCUUUAUGUCCUUUUCUGUCUUUUUCAAUGCUUCCCUCGCUCCUACAGAGGAUUCAUACAAAUAUGAGAGCCGUGCCGCGUUUACAUUGUACAGGUAGAAAAGGUCGUCCAGAAUGAGUCUGUCGUUCUGUAAUGAGUACCCUAAUAAACUCACUCAGAAAUGACCCAUUUCGAAUAAAUUUUACGCUGGUUAUUAUGUUGCAACCAGUAUGAACUCGUUCUUGUACAAAACUCAUUCGGAUAUCAUGUAAAAGGCCCCUAAAAGUUUUUAUUCCCAGAGCAUCACGCUUUGCUCGCCUGUCUGAAUACUAAAAAAUUCAGUAGCGUUGAAGCAACAACCCGCUUUUAACUGCUUCGCUGCCGCUGAAACAACGAUUAGUGAAGAAAGCACAUAAUUUAAUAUUUUCAAUUCAACGUAAACAGAAAUCUUCAUAAAUGGUAAAUAUUCACUUGUGUCGGUAUCAACUAUUGCGUGACCAGCUUAUGAUGUAAAUGAGGGAGGGGAAAACACAACGCAAAACCUUAGCUCCUGUCAAAAAGUAAUACCCAGACGUAAUAUAAUAAUCGAAGCGGCUAGUAAAAUCAUAUAUAAACAAGGCAAGAGUGUUAUGUUAGACUUUUUUACAAAUUAUAGUGAUUUAUGCCAAUUAACGGUGGCGACAAGUAGGCGCACCAUGUAAAUUUCGUAGUCGCUAUCAAGUAAAUUUUGCCGGACUUUGAGUUCGUCUCAAGAUAGAACAACAAAAAUACACAAGGAGGUUUUUACAGUAUCUUUAUAACCAUCCUUUGGUCUUUUAAAAGCUUGAAGCUCAGUAAAUUGUGUCAUAUCGGUCAUUGUUAAAACUGUCUUUGUUUUGAUGCUACUUUUCGUAUGUCGGUCAAAAAUAUUCACCAAAAAAUAAAUAUUUCCUUGGCAGCUUCAAUAACGACAGAGGAUUAAGUUUAGAUGAUAAAACAAAGGAUUAUGUUCACAGAAAUACCGUAGGUCCAGUACAUUCGUUACAUGAGGUCACACAACUCGGGUAAUAUUCACGGUGAAAAUUUGCAUAUUAGCGGUCGAACGAAAAAAGUCAUUUCUCGAAAACUAAAAUAUAUUUUCGCAAAAAACUACACCACAAUUAUUAGAACAUAUUAGGCAACAAAAUAUAAAAGUAGGAGAGAAAACGAAUUUUGGGCGACUUGCCACAUUAUUUCAAAUUUGUGCGAUGGAUGCUGACAUCCUCUCUUAAGACUGUUAGUCAUUCCACGGGUUGAAACGAUUUAUUCAAAAAUGGAACUUAGCCACCAAUCGUAUUUAGAAAGCUUUCACCGUUAAGGGUAGAAUAUGUUAUACACUCUCUGCCAUAACUUUGGUUUAAAUUUAACUGUCUUUCGGCAAGUUGGCUGUCUUAAUAUCAGUUCUGAGUUCUAUUUUUAUGAAAUUUCUUGAAAUUUAAAUACAAAUAGCGUGAAAGUUGGUUAUGCGUGGAUGACAUUUAAUAAAACUUUCGUCUGGGUUAAUCGGCCGACAGAAAAACGAAGCUUUGCGACGAGAAUCGUGCCUUAGUCGCAAAUCUGAUUAAAAUCAAAUGUAAGAUUUCACAGCUUCUAACAUUCUAUUGCAACUUUGAAGGUUAUUGAGCCUGAAAUAUCCGUCGAGACUCUUAACAAAGAGGUGUCCACAGGAGGACCAAUGAAUGGAUUCCUGAAGGAAAAUAACAUUAAGAAGGCGGCACAAAGGGCGACAUCUGUCUUGUCAGUGGUAAAUCACGCACCAGUGGAUGACAUGAAGUUAAAACAGAAGAUUAAGGUUCUUGAAUGUAGAUAUUACUAAAAAAAAAAAAAGGAAAAUUUAAGUCAUUCAGGGGAAUCCCGUGAUAAGGCCGUUAUAUUUCUAGCAUUUGUUAUUAUUGUUAUUUUUCACUUUUUAAUUUCUUUUUUUUUCGGCACACGCGAACGCCUAUGAUUAAAUCUAAAUUAUCUCACAAUUGUCCAAUGUGCAGGGAAUAUCGACUUCAGUGAACUAACGAACGAUUUGAUACCAAGAGCAAAGGGAUAGAUUUCCUGCCGUGCAGAUUUUGGCGGGUUAUUCUCUUGUUAAUACGCAUAUUCAGCACACAGUACAAGAUAUCCCUGUUUACAACCUUUCAACCCCGAAAUCGCACAUACUAAGCUUGGGCCGCCUGUGGAAUCAGGUGUUGUCUAGGAUAUCCGAUCUCCAUUAGAAUAGCCAAAACGAACGAAAAGUCAUCUUCUCUCCUUUGUUGUAGAUCAAAGAUAGCAUUGUUGACGCUUGGUCGAAGGUUAAAGUUGCAGAGUUACAAGAAGUGUUGCAGGUUUCGGCGGUUGUUGCUGGCGUGGCCGACCAACGAAAUGAGAUCUCAAUCGAGUCCCAGGUGAGAAUCCACUGACUAGUUUUCAAUUGUGUCUCAACCUCAGAGGUUUGUUAGUACAUGUAACAGAGUAUCAAGGACCGUUCCAUAUAUAUCUCUGCAAGUUAAUUUGGAUUUAUUUGGACACUGUAUGUGUGCCAAUUUAAUCGCUCAAUUGGUCACCUCAACCUUCUUUCAUUUCAAAGAUACUGAGAGUCACACUGUGAAGUACUAUCGCUCGUGUUCUCGUUUGGCAAUGACGAUGUAUUUUCACAGUCGUUCGCCUCCAAUCUUUGAAAUGUGUUAGUCAGUGCAAACAAAAUAAAAAUAUCCUACAAAAGAAGUUCUUGAAAGCUUUUAUUUCCCUCGAUGCGAUGCAUCAAAAAAUGUUCGUGCGCACUUUUCAUGGAAUAAUCGCCAUUUCUUUUAUUGUGCCCUUUAAUACCAGCCUCUAUAUAAAUCGAACUUUAAACUGGUGAUAUGAUUAAUCAUAAAUCAUUUUAAAUUCAGUGCUAAGUCUGAUCUUAUCCAACCGAUGCAGAUCUGUCCAAAACGUUUUUCUUUAGAUUACGUGACCCUUAUUUUCGUUUUUUUAACUCGUGAAUUGCGCGCAUGCGCAAGAGCGAUUUGUUGACAUGAUUUGGAGAAUGGCACUCGUUCGCUUGCUCGCUCGAUUGGUUGAUUCCUGUAAACUUUUUUUCAAUUUUAGGCUUUUGAGUGCAUUUGAUAGUUUUUGGCGAGUAUUAAACAAACGAAAUGGCGACCUUUGCUGCUAAGAAUAGUGGUGAGAUGAAAAAGAAGCCAAUAAUAAUCUUAAAAGAGUUUUUUUUUUUCGUUUUAGUUUCAACAAGCGGUGCUAGCGACUGGCAGGCGUGCGAGGAUUCACACUAAAAUAAGAGAACAACCUUCGUUUUCCAUAAAAUUGUAAUUUACAAUCCUUGACCUUAAAAACAAUCCGAAGAUUCAUUGAAAAUAUCACUUACUCCGAAGCGCUCGGAGUUUUACUGGUGUUCAAAAGCUUUUUCUGUUAUGGCGUGAGAUUGGGGACAAAAUCGAUCAUUAUAUUUCGUAUCGUGUGUUUUUCCUGUGUGAAGCAACAAAAGGUGCUGGCGACUGACGAAAUUACAGGUUAACACGAAUAUCAAAUAACACCUAAACAAAUAAUUUUGGCUACCGAUUUACAGUGGAUUUUUAAAGAACAUUUUUCAAGACAAUUUGAAGAUUCUAAAUAGAUAUUACGUACCAAAAUGCGAAACUUAUGGACCACAAAAUGGAUAAAUAGGCCUGAAAUGAAAUUCUAUCUUGUUCUUGAUUAUGCAAUGCCUAGCACGUGACCAAAAUCUACCCAGGUGGAAAUCCAAAAUGACGGUGGCAGUCUUGGCUUAGUUAUGUCACUCAAAACUCGUUCCCGUUUGUCUCAUUUGAUAAAGAGGGCAUGUUUUGCAUAAAAAUACUCACAGCCGGAAAAACGAGAUAUAUUUAUGAAAAAUGGCAACGAAAGUUGAGAUGUACUCGGCGACUCACGAAAGCGUUACCGUUGCCCGUGGGCAGAGAUAGGAAAAUACUGACCGAGUAAAGAACCAAUCAGAUUGCAGGAAUCGUUACCGUGCACUCUAAAUAAAAAAAAAAUAAAUGUUUAAAACACAUGACAUCAUUCUCCCUUGUCAAAUGUAAUAGCAUGAUCAUUUCAAUUGUAGUGCCUUCUAAUCCCAACGUUACUUUGUUUCUUUGCUACAUUAGCGAACACUGAACUAUUGCUCGUACUCUAAAUAUGACAAUCAGCUACAAAAUUCCCUAAACCAGAUAACCUUAACCCUAAUCCAAAAAAUUAUAUAAGUCAUCUGUCAAUUCACGAGUUUGCUCACAGAGCACUUUGAUUUUCUUAACGCUGCAUGUAUUUCCACCAUGCUAAAUUGUAAAAGAAUAACAAAUUUACAUUAACGUUUGCCCCUACCUCGAUGGGCAGUACUCCUUAAAGUGCCCAUAAGAUUCAAGAUGCAUCCUUUCCCUUCUCACUCUAGGAUAAGGCAAUUAAAUUGCUGGAUUCCAUGACAAAUAUUAUGGAAAAAAGUGUAAACAACAAGUCGAACUCCGAAGUAUCUGUCGAACAUGUGGGAGCAGCACUAUUAAAUGGAUUGGGAAACUUGCUGGACAUUACUUCUCAUGAAGCCAAGGACGAUACAAGUGGAGAAGAAUUACCACCAGUUCCAAUCACUUAUGAAAGAAGAGAGAAGGUGCGAGCUACAAAUUCAAUACUUUCCAUUAGAUUUAUAUUGUGUUACAUAAUCAUUAGAAAUCCUUCUUUAAUAAUAGCCAUGUUGAGAAAGAAGAAAUUACCAUGCCAGUUUUACUCUGCUCACUGUAUGAAAAUAUAUUUAUUGUUCUGAGUUCGACAAAAAUUAUAGGUUGGGUUCACUAAAUGCAUUCUUUUUUUUACCCUCACUCUAGAGCAAAUCAUUUUCCAAACGAAUUUUAAACCUCAUAACCCGUCUUGGUAGUACAGUAGAUAACACAAAAAAACUGUACGAAAAGCCAAGCGUGCUCAAGUCCAAGUCUUUAUCAAUGGUACUUGACCGGCAAAUUCCCUCAAGAAUUGGAAAUAAGGCUCUAGUGUAUCAAGACUCCAAAGUUACACUUCCAUCUGUUCAAGACCUGAUAGGAAAAGACAGUAAAAGCAAAGAAUAUCUCUCUACUCAGGUGAGUUGAGACCUGGUGCUGACUUAUCACAACAUUCAAAUAUAACAAUUGACGUAAAAAAUACUGUCUACAGAUUGACCCAGAACAAAUAUACAUUAUAAACAUAUCGUUAGGUAAUUAAGUAAAUACGAUAUAUUUUGAAACUGAAAGGAAAAUUUGAUCAUGAAAAUAUAGUGCCAUGCAUUUCCAGUUGUGUGUCUUACGUUGAUAAAUGAUCGAUCUAUCUCUUUACGAGCUCAUUUGCCUUUAUGUCAUCGGAUUUCAGCUUGUCACCUUCAAAUUCAAUCCAUACACGUGGACCAAAGGUGCAACUAAUAUAAAGUCUGUUGUCAUCGACUUUGAGCUUAAAGACGAGGGAGGGUCCCCGCUGAACGUGUCAAACCUCUCCCAAAACGUCGAACUCUUCAUUCCACCACUUUUGGAGGCAAAAGUCAAGAAGCCUCAGACAUACUUCGUAAAACCGAACGAAAAUGGAACGAUGCGAUUUCACAGAAUUGUAUUCCCAGGCCCUGAGUACGUUAUUUCCAUAAAGAUCAUCCCUUCGCACCUACACACUCUUAGAUUAUUUGUGCGAUAUGGACAGAGACCAACAAUGACAAAUUAUAACUACAGCGCAUCCCUUCCAGAUUACAGCUCAUGUAACUAUUCUACUGAAAAUCGCAACAUGGAUUGUAGCAUUCAAGCGUUUACUGUUACUGUGUCCGCUGCGGAUACAGGGCAAACAGGACUUCAUUAUUUGGGCAUCACAGUUGGUGCGCUUCCCAACAUAACAAGAAAGUAUGUAACCGCUAGUAAAGAAAGACGUGUAAAGCGUGGAUGCAUGUUUGCCGGACGGCAGAAGAGAUCUUGUGUAGGAGUCAAAGAUCCUCCAUCCACUCCUCCCCCAAUAGUUGUCCUAAAGCCACCAUUUAAUGCCAGCACAGAUGUCAAUUACACUUUGUCAGUGUCUAUGGGGACAUGUCAGUAUUGGAAUGUAACAGCAGACGCGUGGUCAACGAAGGGAUGCAAGGUUAGCUUUAAUUGUUGCGGAUGUCAAAAGUUCUGAUGUGCCAAUUAGUAGUCUCUCUGAAGUAAACCUUAUAAACUUUCCGUCGAUAGUAAACAUAUUUAUCAUUAUUCAGUACUAUCAGUAUUAUUGGUAUUACAUUUAAUCAGGGCUUAGAAUGUAUUUCCUGAAACUGACCAGAACAUUUUAAUUAUAGAAAUGUUGAUUCAGACAAUUUUAAAAGGACCUUUUACAUUAUAGAUUUUUCAUCGAAUAAAGCAAACGGUACAAAAAUAAUAAAAUACGUUACGCUAAUGGCCCUUUGAUAAGAUCAUUUAAUGCUUGGUUUGUUAAAAAGUGGUAUUCUUUGUUGAAAAGGUUGGACCCGGCUCAUCGGCGGAAAAGAUACAGUGUCUCUGCAAUCACCUUUCCUCUUUUGGCGGGAAUUUUUUUGUAGCUCCUAAUCCAAUUGACUUCGACUACGUAUUCAGGAAAUUCCCAGAUAUUUUUGAAUCAGGAAAUGUUCUUGUGUUGGCAAUGGUCCUAUCCAUAUAUGGUUUGUGGAUCAUCGGUAUUGUCAUCGCUAGACGGGCAGACAGAAAGGACGAAUACAAAGUAAGGAAAAAUGAUUGUAACCAUUUAUUUCAUUACAGACUGAUUCAGCCGUACCUUCCUAUGACAUUCUUAAGUGACCUUGAAAAAAUCUUUCAUCUGCUACUGGGUUACAUGUGAAGGGCAUCUUUAAAAACAUAACCCUUCCUCUGGCAGGUACUUAAUUUAUCCAUUAUAUUCCAACCGUAGGCAAUUGAAAAUCUCCGGGUCCAGGCAGAGGGCGGACAUCUGUAUGAGGUUUCAGUGUACACUGGGAUGUGGAAAGACUCUGGUACGACAGCGAAUGUCGCUAUGAUCGUGUAUGGUGAGGAAAUACGAAGCGAGACGCUAAAAUUAUUUGACAGUUACACGAGCAAAAGGCUGUUUGCGCGAGCAAGUAUAAACAACUUUAUUGUCUCUUUACCAGACAGUUUACAUUCUCCUCUAAUGAUCAAGCUAUGGCACGACAAUUCAGGAGCUCAUCCAUCUUGGUAUGUCAACCAGAUUAUAAUUAAAGAUCUCGAAACUGAUGAGAAAUGGUAUUUCUUAUGCGGCCGAUGGCUUGCAGUCGAUAAAGAAGAUGGGGAGGUUCAAGUAGACAUUCCAGUUGCAAGCAAAAGCGACAUAUCAAGCUUCAAGUACCAAUUCCAUACCCGAGUAACCAAGAACUUUGUAGAUGGCCAUAUAUGGCUCUCUCUAUUAACAAGACCUCCUCAUAGUCCAUUCACGCGCUCGCAACGGCUUUCCUGCUGUGUCUGCGUUCUUCUGUGCGCAAUGUUAGCCGGAGCAAUGUUUUAUCAGUUUGGCGAAAAGCAGAGUGACACAGUUAAGCUUGGUCCUUUUCGCUUCAGCGUCAACCAGAUCAUCAUUGGAGUCGAGAGCGCACUAAUUGUGGUGCCAUUAAACUUGCUUAUUGUCACAAUAUUUAGGAACAUCAAACUUUCACACAACCACACGAAAACAUCUUACCAGAGUGACAAAACUGGAGAACUGUAUACCGCAGAAUCACACGAAAACAAAAAGGUUAAGAUUCCCGGAUGUCUUCCUCAUUUCUUUGAGUACAUCGCAUGGCUACUUUGCAUUCUCGCGUCCCUGACGGCCGGAACAUUUAUCAUAUUCUACAGCGUCCAGUGGGGCAAAGAAAUAUCAAGGCAAUGGCUCACGUCAGCCCUAAUAUCGUUUUUUCAAGACGUAGCAAUCAUGCAGCCCAUUAAAGUUGUUGUUGUCGCUUUACUUCUCGCCAUGAUCCUUAAAAAACCUCCCGAAGAGAAAACCGCUCAGUCAUUCAAGGAUUCAUCUUUAGAAACAAACAACAAUUUGGACGUUAAGGCACCCACGGGAGAUGAGAUUCUUCUUGCAAGGAAGAACAGAGAAAGCGUGGUGGAGACUAUCAACAGCGUCAUAGAGAUAGUGCUCUAUUUACUUUUCGUCAUUUGCCUUUUUGUGUUGGUGUAUGGAAAUCGAGGAUACAGUCGGUACCGACUUACAACAAGUUUGGAAUCAAUGCUUAAAGGAUCAUUUGAAGAGGUACCCUUCUUCCAACCAAUAUAUUCUAGUCUAUUGACAAAUACAGUAGUUACUUAGCUUUGAUAACUUUCUGACAUGUGCUUCAACCCUAAAAUCAAGCGUGUUCUCUACAUUUUUAACAUCAGUCUCGAUGAACGACCUUCGUUGUAAACGUUCCGGUUCCUUGAAAUUUCGGUACGUUUUCUCGAAGCCCAUAUUUCUCCAAAUCUAGACUUCACUAACUCUACCUUGCAAUCUUUACUUGACGGAUAAUGAGAGGUGAAAUCCGAAAUCUUUCUUCAAAUGCUCGACAAAAAGUCGAUAAACAGUCAGUACCUACAAUUAGAAUAGCGUGUUUUUUGAAGAUUGGUCUCUCUGUUUUACCUUUAAGAUCGACUCAAAGUUUGCAUUUUGGGAGUGGGUUGAGGCAGAGUUUAUUCCAGGCAUCUACGAUACCACCUGGUAUAAUGGUCAGCGGUUCAUUUCACCUGAAGGUUAUAUCAGCACCAGAACGGCCUUCCUUGUUGGUAUGCCCAGGCUUAGGCAAGUCAGAAUUAAGGAAGGUAAGAUUGCAAGUAUAAAACCUCAUCAGCUAUUAAGCAAAGUUCUGUCCUUAUUCAUUAUCAUAUCAGAUUAAGAAAUAGAUAGAGAGGCAGACCCUCAUACUUCAAAUCCAUAUAGAAAUAUUGAAAAUAUCAGAGAGUUUACUGAGUUGAUAUUUACUGCACCCAUAGUAAUUACAAACUCUUCUAAAGAAUAGAAUUUCAAAUUUGAAUUGUGAAUCUCUUUGUCCCGUCUUAUAGAAUAUCCAUGUCAGAUGGGAAAACACUACCCUGAAUUAAACGACGUCUUCAAGAGAUGUAUUCCUCCUUAUUCAUCCCAUGACGAAGACACCUCAUCAUUGAACCAGCCUGGAUGGGUACCGGUGACGAAUAUCAGCAAAUACCAUUCGGAAUUUGAAUUAUCGAGGCUUUGUCCAAAACCUUGGCGAUAUAAUUCAUCAAUGGAUUUGAAUACUUUGUGGUAUUAUGGAAGAAAUAUUAGGUACGAUGGUGGAGGGUACGUUGCCGACCUUGGAUAUAACUCGAGAACAGCAUCAAGAGUUGUAAUAAAUCUUAAAAGCAACAGCUGGAUCGAUGAAAGAACCGCUGCAGUUUUUGUUGAGUUCACUGUUUUUCAACCAUCAAGCUCCUUAUUUAGCGUUGCAAAGCUUCUUUACGAGCUUUAUCCGACUGGAAAACCUGUUACCAAAGUGUGCUUCGAUACUCUGUCCAUAUAUGGUUCCUCUAACCCUGCUCUUCGCUCUAUAUCAUUGGCUUGCCAAAUUACCCUGCUGCUUUUGAUUGUUUACUUUCUGCUGCUAGAAGCUGUGAAGAUCUACCGACAAAGUUGUGCAUACUUUGGCUCCUUUUGGAACUGGAUGAACAUGCUACAGCUUAUUUCUGCACUGACAACGAUUGCGUUUUUUUUCUUAAAGGAAAAGUACGUAUCAGCGUUUGUAAAAUACGUUCAGGCCAACCCAUUUGACACGGCAAGUGCUGACUAUGUACUUUUCUGGAUCGAUCUGGAGAUGAUAGUUCUUUCCAUUGUAGUUUUCAUUGUCACCGUUAAAUUCUUGAGGAUAAUACGUUUUAACAAGCACAUUUGCCAAAUGGUAGCUUCGCUCAAGCUUUCUUCGCCACAUGUCAUGUCUUAUUCAGUCCUAUUUUGCAUAAACAUAAUUUCGUUUGUUCUCUUAGGAGUGCUAGUAUUUGGCAAUGAUAUCGAAUCUUACCAUUCCUUUAUGGAAGCGUUGGCGACAUUGACUCAAAAAUUUCUCGGUGGAGACUUACUUUAUCAUGACCUUCAAUCUUCUAAUCGCAUUAUUGGCCCUGUUUAUCUAUUUGCCUUCAUGCUAAGCAUGUCCUUCAUCCUCAUUAACAUGUUUGUGGCUAUUCUUAAUGAAUCCUAUGAGAGCGUCAAGGAAAUGUCCGGCGGUAAAUUUGCAGACGCAGAUCUGGGAACAUUUAUCAAGGAAUAUUAUUUCACAAGAUUCAGACGUUUACGCGAAAUCUUGAAAAGGAAGCUUGCUAGUUGUGGUUAUCGGCACAAGUUGUACGACAGGCCAAGGCAAGAAAAAAAGUCGACUAUAAGGGAGGAGUAUGUUGGAAGCAUUAUGUACCUAUCAACAGACUAUCCAACAUACGUGGAUUAUGUAGACCAUUCAUCUCAGCUAGCACUAAUAAACAACAAACCCGCGGCUGACACAGGAUCAGCUUCAUGUAGUGUUGAAGCCGUUACUUUGGAAGAAAGAGCAACUGAAUUUUCAACUGAUGAGCCAGAUGUCAUUAGCACACCUUCACCUCUUUCAAGCGAUGAAUUCGAUGCGGAACUAUUGGACUUGUUGAGCGAUCUUCCAGAGUCCGUGGUGGCGCCCUCAUUUGCAUCUAAUAGGGCAUGUUCUAAUGUGGACUUCAUGAGUUUGUUUCGUGAUUUGCCCGAGUCUAUCGUGGACGAUGACGACACAAUUGAUAAUGUUCGUAAAGGACUCGCUGAUGUAGGAGCAGUUUUGAGACUUGACGAGCAAACCCUAAGGAGAUUUUCAACGACAGGUGACAAGUACAUCGUGCAGGCGAAUAUACAAAUGGGACUUCCAGUAGCUCUGCAUUUUAGAUCGCGGCGAAAUUCAGAUGAAAAUGGUGUGGAUAUCGAAAAAUAGAUUUAAUAAUUUCAAAAAGUUAGGAAAAGUAAAUGAUAUCAAUGUACCAAUAACUUUAAUGGGAAACAUGUUUCCAUUCUUAUUGUAAUGAAAAUAAUUGAUAACAUAACUAUUAAUUCAAAGGAUUGUUUUCAUUUUGAAUGUCUAUCAAGAUAUCUUUAGGUGUUACAAGUUUAUAAGAAAUCAGAUUGUGAACAAAUAAAAUAUAAAAGUGAGCUAAUCUAUACUCUCAGUGCACCAGCAGCUGCUGCAUCGAGUUCCCUUUUAGCGAGAGAGG